AUGUCAGCCAAUACGCAGCAAACAGACUACAUCCGCAAAGUCGCCCUCAUUGGCGGCUCCGGACAAGUCGGCUCCCAUAUCCUCACCCACCUGCUUGGCACCUCAAAGCAUCAAGUCACAGUCCUGACCCGCCUCUCGAGCGACGCCGCCUUCCCCACCAACGACAACCUUACCGUCACCAAAGUCGACUACGACGAUGACAAUGCCUUGACAGAAGCGCUCAGCAGCCAUGAAUUCCUCAUCAUCACCAUCAGCGCCCGCGCUCCCGCAACUCUGCAUCCGCGCAUUGUCGCCGCUGCAGCCAAAGCCGGGGUACGCUGGAUCAUGCCAAACUACUUCGGCUACGGUAUCGGCGAUCGGAAGCUUAAAGGACGAAACGAGCUAAACAAUUUCGAGCGGUUCAUCGAGGAUGUUGAUAAGACACCAGGUGCUGACUACGUAGCGCUUGUGUGUGGCUUCUGGUAUGAGUUUAGUCUGGCGAUGGGGGAGCCUUGGUUGGGAUUCCGGAUCAGGGAGAGGAGCGUGACGAUGUAUGAUCAGGGGGAGAAGAAGAUUAGCAUGAGUACGUGGGAUGCUUGCGGAAGGGCUGUUGCGGGUUUGUUGUCGCUUCCUGUCAAAGCAGACGCGACGAAAGAUGGGUUGACCAUUUCUUCGUUCCUGGUUUCUCAAAGGGAUAUCUUGGAGAGUUUGCAUCGUGUGCUGGGUACCACGGAUGAAGACUGGAAGAUCAGGUUUGAACCUGUCGAGAAGAGGCUGGAAGAUGGUAAGAAGCAGUUUAAGGAAGGGAAGAUGUUGGGGUUUGCUAAGGCGCUUUAUGCAGAGGUAUUCGCGUGUGAGUGGGGUAAUUACGAGACAGGACGCGAAUUGGAUAACGAGAAGGUGGCAUUGGAGAAGGAAGAUUUAGAUGAAGCUACCAAGAGGGCGGUGGAGAUGGCUAUGGGUCCUAUGGGGGACAUCGAGGGCCGGUUUGGCUGA